AUGUAUCGCUUAUCAGCACUCAAUAGAGUGUCUAACGCAAUUAGACCCUCUAUCAAGACCAUCCCUCGAGUUGCUCGUCAAUCAGUUGUACGUGCUUCCGUUGCACCUUUCCAUACCAACAAAGCUCGUUUCGCUGCACCCGAGACAAACGAUGGUUUCUUGCAUGGAAACUCUGCCAACUAUAUCGAGGAAAUGUACGAAGCCUGGUUAAAGGAGCCCUCCUCUGUGCAUUUAUCUUGGCAAGUGUAUUUCAAAAACAUGGCUAACGGUGUCUCUCCUGGCCAAGCAUACACUCCUCCCCCUACUUUAGUGCCCUCUGCCAGUGCUCGUUUGCCUGUCUUGCCCGGUGAUGGUAUUGCUGGUGCCAGUGGUUCCUCUGAAGUCAUUGACCACAUGAAGAUCCAACUCUUGUCCAGAGCUUAUCAAGUGCGUGGUCAUCACAUUGCCAACUUGGAUCCCUUGGGUAUUCAACAUGCUGAUCUCAACUCAUCCACCCCUCCCGAAUUAGAGCACACUUACUACGGUUUCAAGGAUAGCGAUCUCGACAGAACUUUCACCAUUGGUCCUGGUAUUUUGCCUGCUUUCACCAAGUCUGGCGCCACUCUCACUCUUCGUGAAAUCAUCUCUCACUUGAAGAAGAUUUACUGUGGUUCCAUCGGUGUUGAGUACAUUCAUAUUCCUGAUCGUGCUCAAUGUGAUUGGAUUCGUGAACGCAUUGAAACCCCCGAGCCUUUCAAGUAUUCCGUUGAGGAGAAGCGUGUUAUUCUGGAUCGUUUGACUUGGUCUGACAGUUUCGAGCGUUUUGUUGCCUCCAAGUAUCCUUCCGAGAAGCGUUUCGGUCUUGAAGGUGGUGAGACUUUGAUCCCUGGUAUGAAGGCCAUGAUUGAUCGCUCCGUUGAUCUUGGUGUUGAAUCCAUUGUCAUUGGUAUGCCUCAUCGUGGUCGUCUCAACGUCCUUUCCAACGUUGUCCGCAAGCCCAAUGAAUCCAUUUUCUGUGAAUUCAGCGGUGCUCUUGAGCCCUCUGAAGAAGGUUCUGGUGAUGUCAAGUACCAUCUUGGUAUGAACUAUGUCCGUCCUACUCCCUCUGGUAAGCGUGUUCACCUUUCCUUGGUUGCCAACCCCUCUCACUUGGAAGCUGUUGAUCCCGUUGUUCUCGGUAAGACCCGUGCUCUUCAAUACUAUGGCAAGGACCCUAACGGUGAUCACUCCAUGGCUGUCUUGAUUCAUGGUGAUGCUGCUUUCGCUGGUCAAGGUAUUGUCUAUGAAACCAUGGGUUUCCAUGACUUGCCCUCUUACUCUACUGGUGGUACCAUCCACGUCGUUGUCAACAACCAAAUUGGUUUCACCACUGAUCCUCGUUACGGUCGCUCCACUCCUUACUGUACUGAUAUUGCCAAGUCUAUCAAUGCUCCCAUCUUCCACGUCAACGGUGAUGAUGCUGAAGCCGUUACCUAUGUCAUGCAAUUGGCUGCUGACUGGCGUCAAACCUUCCACAAGGACGUUGUCAUUGAUUUGGUCUGUUACCGUAAGCACGGCCACAACGAAACUGAUCAACCCAUGUUCACCCAACCUCGCAUGUACGAGGCCAUUGCCAAGCAAAAGCCUGUUGCUCAGAUCUACGAGACUCAAUUGAAGGAAGAAGGCUCUCUUACUGACAGCGAUAUCAAGGAAAACAAGAAGCGUGUCUGGGAUAUCCUUGAAGACAGCUACUCUCGUAGCAAGGACUACAAGCCUACUUCCAGUGAAUGGCAAUCCAGUUCAUGGCCUGGAUUCAAGUCUCCCAAGGAAUUAGCCGAAGAGAACUUGCCUCAUUAUCCCACUGGUGUUCCUCUUGAAACCCUCCAAACUGUUGGCAAGGCAAUGAGCACCCUCCCUCACAACUUCAACAUUCAUCGCAACCUGAAGCGUAUUCUUCAAAACCGCGAAAAGUCCUUGAACGAAGGUAAGGACAUUGAUUGGUCUACUGCUGAAGCUUUGGCUUGGGGUUCUCUCCUCACUGAAGGCAAGCACAUCCGUAUCUCUGGUCAAGAUGUUGAGCGUGGUACCUUCUCUCAACGUCAUGCCGUUCUCCACGACCAAAAGGAUGGCAGCAAGUACACUCUCUUGAACCACAUCAGCCCUGAACAAGGUGCUCUCUCCAUCUCCAACUCUUCUUUGUCUGAAUAUGGUGUUCUUGGUUUCGAAUUGGGUUACUCUCUCGUCAACCCUGACUCUCUCGUUGUCUGGGAAGCUCAAUUCGGUGAUUUUGCCAACACUGCUCAAGUUAUUGUCGAUCAAUUCUUGGCUGCUGGUGAGCAAAAGUGGCUCCAACGCACUGGCCUGGUGUUGUCUCUUCCUCACGGUUAUGACGGCCAGGGCCCUGAACACUCUUCCUCCAGAAUCGAGCGUUAUUUGCAACUCUGUGAUGACAACCCAUACGUCUACCCCUCUGCCGAGAAGUUGUCUCGCCAACAUCAAGAUUGCAACAUGCAAGUUGUCUAUGCCUCCACUCCCUCUCAAUACUUCCACGUCUUGCGUCGUCAAAUCUGCCGUCAAUUCCGUAAGCCUUUGAUCAUGCCCUUCUCCAAGUCUUUGCUCCGUCAUCCCCUUGCCAAGUCCAACUUGGAGGAAUUGACCGGUGAGACCCACUUCCAACUCUACUUGCCUGAAGAGCAUCCUGAGCAUCUCGUUGAGCCCGAGAAGAUCACCAAGCACAUCAUGUGUACCGGUCAGGUCUAUUACGCUCUCUUGAAGGCUCGUGAACAAAACAAGAUCAACGAUGUCGCCAUCUCUCGUAUCGAACAACUCAACCCCUUCCCUUAUGAGCAAGUCAAGGAACAUGCUGACAAGUAUCCUAACGCUGAGAUUGUCUGGUGUCAAGAAGAACCCUUGAACAUGGGUGUCUGGCAACACGUCCAACCUCGUAUCACUACCUCCUUGUCUCAAACCGAACAUCAUGCUGGUAAGUCUCCUCGUUAUGCUGGUCGUGCUCCUUCUGCCUCUGUCGCUACUGGUAAUAAGAAGAAGCAUUUCCAAGAAGAAUACGGUCUCUUAAGUAAGGCUUUGACUGGUGAGGUCCUCAAGCCCAAGGAGAUCACUCAAGGUGUCCCCAUCUUUUAA